UGUCAGCAGCUACUGCAAUUCAAUACAUGGAAUACCAAACAUCCGAUAUUUCACAGAUGAAAUCAUCAAAACUAGCCCAUGUGCAGCACAGUGAUGAGUGAGUGUCUUUAAAAGUGUCAGGCUUUGGGUUGGCAAACAAGCACUUUAACCUACCACCACAAAGAUUCAGUUUGAACAUCUACACUCCGUGACCACAUCAUGGGAAAUUGCAUGUCAAGGAAAAAGAAGAACAGGAAAGAUGGAAACAGCAGAGCACACAACAAGCCUCAGGAGGAUGUGACGUACGCCUCGAUUGACCACGGCAAAGCCAAAGGACCCAGUAGAACCAGAACCAGCUCUGAAGAUGAUUGUGACUAUGCCACAGUUAACGUCCCAGCACCACUUCCAUCCGCACCUGUUUCUGAAUGUUCAUCCAAAGACGAAGGUGCAGAAGAUUACGUGCUCAUGGGAUAAACAGAAGCAAGAGGAAGUUCUUUAGAACUAUUGCAAGAUGCGGGACUUGUAGAUACCAGAAACAGGAUAAAGCUUCUGUUAAUCAAAUCAUGAUCUUCAGUGAAGAAACUGUGGCAGCGAACAGAGUGACACAUUCAGCGGCGGGAGGUGGAGGAAACGAUACUGAGAAAACAGUUGUGUUUCUUCAUUAAGAAGACCAACUUGCUCCACAUCAAGUCAUGUGUCAAACCUUUAUACUUAAACAGAUCUGCUGUCACUAAUUUUUCAAUGCAGAUAAAAGUUUGCUCUGUAUCGACAGUAAGACUGUAAAUUGUAUACAACUGUGUCCACAACAAACACGUUGAUCUGCUAAGAGGUUGUGCAUAUUUUUAACAUUGCUCCUGAGAAAAACUGCACUCCAGGUGUAACAACCAUGGAUAUUUAAAGCUUUUGUCAAGCAUUUUUUAAAUGCCUGUAUAUACCUAAAGAUGUGAUAUAUAUGAAAUAUUAAAAAUGGUCUAAUUUACUGCAAGUGUGUUUUCAUUGAUAGGUUACCAUUAAUAAAACCCCUUUGGCCACACUUGUGCAUUAUUCAGUUGUAUUAAUCAACUGAAUCACUAAGAAAUAAUGGCAACAAUCUCCAUUACGGUCAAACCUCAAACCAGUAUGGUUCUAUAGUACAUUUAAUAACAAAUACUGUCAAUGGGUUCAGGAGAAAUAGACAAGAUGAAAACUAAGUGUAUAAUAUUCUGUGGACAGAAAUGUAUUUAGUAGUUUUCUCUUUUGCGUUCAACGUAUUAAACUAUAGUAAUUAAGUUUUGAUGUUGAGCAACAUUACAGUUGCUGUAGCCAACAAUUGAAUUGCAGAAGACUCUCAGUGCACGUUUAUCAGGGCAAUUGUUACAUCAAGCGUAAUUGCUCUUCAUGUACAUGUAGACACAUGGGUACAUGUUAUUAAUAUACUCUUCAACAUGCAAAAUACAGCACUAAGAGCAUUUAAAUGGCCUCUUAACAGCUCUCAACAUCGGCUAACACCUUACAGCGAUAACAUCGCAAGCAUCAGAGGAAACAGCAUUCCCCUCGGGGGGUGGGGUGGGUGUAUCGCCUCCAGCAUUGUCAGCUGUAACACCCACACAAGAGUAGUAGCCAAAGCAGCUGUGUGAAGAAAACAAGCAGAAGGGGGGCGACGAAAUUCCCCCUCUGCUCAGGUAGACUGUAAUUCACUAUAUAUUUUCAGAAAUGUUCAGGAUCUUAAACACAGCCCUUCAAACCUCGGCUUUGAGGCUGUGAUGAUGAUAAUAGGUCAGCGUGUGUUCUUAUCUCCACCAAUAGAUGGCAGAAUAGUCCUUUUUCUCCAAAUCAAAUUAAAUGAGUGCUGAACCAAAAGGUGGAUGUUUGUCUAAGUGUCAGUUCCCUGCAAUGGAUAGCAACGUCAUCUUGAAUCAUAUUGAAAAAAAAAGCUAAAACCGACAUCCUGUACUGGUUAAUUUGUACUGUUUUUUUAGUGUUGUUCUUAAUUGUGUUAAAAUGGAACCAGCAUGUUCCAACGUCUGUUAAAUACACAGAAUUACAUAAUUAUAC